AUGCUAAGUCAUUCUCAAUAUGCGAAGUCCGAGGACAAUAAAGGAAGCACAAUAACUAACCGACCGACUUGCAGCACUAGCAAGGUUCCUACCCUGUAUAGCACAAUGAUCGCAUCACUUUUUCAAAAAGUUGAAGAAACAGCCUUCACAGAACUCAAAACCCUACUCACAACACCUCCAAUCCUCCGAACACCAAAAACAGGUAAACCAUUAUAUUUGUAUUUAUCAAUCACUAACCAUGCUAUCAGUUCCGUUUUAGUAGCAGAAAUAGACAAACAACAACACCCGGUAUACUUCGUCAGCAAAUCACUUCAAGGCGCCGAGUCCCGCUAUCCAAAGCUGGAGAAAUUAGCCUUAGCACUCGUCAUGACAGCCAGACGACUACGACACUACUUUCAAAGCCAUACCAUCAUAGUCAGAACAGAACAACCCCUAAGGCAGAUACUGACGAGGCCCGAACUGGCAGGAAGGCUAAUCAAGUGGUCCAUCGAAUUAUCAGAAUACGACAUCCAAUACCAGUCCAGAGGCGCCAUCAAAUCACAAACGUUAACCGACUUCGUCGCCGAGCUGACACAAAAAGACCAAGCUCCUAAAGAAAACCCAUGGACGCUAUACGUCGACGGGGCCUCAAACAGCAAAGGCUCCGGAGCAAGGAUACUCCUCGAAAACAACCAAGGAAUACAACUCGAACAAUCGCUUCAAUUCACCUUCCACGCAAGCAACAACCAGGCAGAAUACGAAGCUUUAAUAGCAGGAUUACGCCUAGCACAAACCAUGGGAAUAACACAAAUAAACGUCAAAUGCGACUCCCUCUUGGUGGUGCAACAGGUGACGGGUAAGUUUCAGGUAAAAGACCCCCUCCUUGAAAAAUACAAUACAAUGGUUAACAACCUCAUAAGGGACUUUGAUAUAUUCAAUAUUCUUCACAUACCAAGGGAACAAAACAACAGAGCAGAUCUCCUCUCCAAAUUGGCAACAACAAGAAGUCAAUACAACAACCCCAUAUUAUCACAGUUAACACUGGAUGAGCCCAGUGUUACCCUAACAACAGUUGCAAGUGUUAUGCAGGAAGACGACUGGAGAUCACCAAUAGUUAAUUACCUGAAAACAGGAAUAAUGCCCGACAACAUCAAAGACACAAAGAAAUUCAAAAGACAGGCUAGCUUCUACACCAUAUUAGGAACCGAUCUAUACAAGAGAGGAUUCACGAGACCCCUCCUCCGAUGCAUAAGCACCGCCGAAGCAAAAUUGGCCAUGGACGAGGUCCACGAAGGAGUCUGUGGCACUCACAUUGGUGGCAGAAGCUUAGCCGCAAAAAUACUCUGA